CUCUCUCUCUCUCUCUCUCUCUCUCUCUCUCUCUCUCUCUCUCUGUGUGUGUGUGUGUGUGUGUAAUAUCGAGGAAGUUUUAGUCAAGUGCACCUUGGCUACUGAAAAUACUUUUUGUGCACUUUCUGAUCCUAUUUUUGUUUUUUGUUAACGUAAAUAAUUUUAUUAACAAAGAGAAAAUCUCCGUAUACGAACUAUACCUUAAAUAAUUUUGUAUGAUCCUAAUGUUACUUCCAUGUGUAGUCUUUCUUCUGGUUACUUAUUUGCAGUGUCUGGGGGCUAAAAAAUCUCUUGUGCUACGAGAGAUACCAGAAGAUGGAGUGAAUAAGCUUCUAUCUAGCAAGGAUGCGUUAGCAGAUUGUGAUAUAGCAAUUUUUGUCCAUGACAGGUCUCGUGAAACUUCCUGGAAGAGAGCAUCAGAUCUACUGGUUGAUGUUGCUAGCCAUGGAGAGGCAACUGGUUAUGAGGUGCCUUGUCUCAUUGUAGCAGCUAAGGAUGAUCUGGAUCCUUAUUCGACGGAAAUUCAAGAUUCUACUAGGGUAGCUAUCCUAAAUAGUAGAGGACACAACACAGAGGGUUGUCGUUUGUUAUUGAAAUAACUUAAGGAUUUUUAAAGAUCUAACUAGAAUGUCUUCAAUUCUGGAACUUUUGUCCAGUUGGUAUACAAUUUCUGCCCAAUUUAUUUUAAGAAUAUUUAUG